ACGGACUGGGAGGUUAGCAUAUCCGGAAGACAGAUGGGCCAAACCAAAUAGAUUAUUUUCUAUGCGUGUUAAAGGCGGAAUAUUAAGACUUUUGUAAAUGGUCGACUGAGCGUGUUGUCUUCAGCAUGUCCUCACGUUGAAAGCGGAUUCAUACCAGCAGAGCCUCCAUGAGGAAACAGCGCAAGAAAUAGUCAGAAGUCCCGGUUGGCAACAGCUGUUCUUUACCGUUCAUUAGUUACCACCCAGCCAAAGGUGACAAGGAAAGGCAGUAUUUGCCUGAAGCGUGCACACAGGAGGUCUAUGAUACGGUGAACCAUGAGGUUAACAGGCCCCCUGAGAGCUGUGGCUGUGCUGCUAUUGGUGGGGCUCACCUGGCUGCUAGCAAACACCCUCUUUGGAGGGGAGAGUAGUUCAUCUGUGCGGCAUUUAUUCACCGGGGCAAGUGAGGAACCGACUCCUGCUGAAACCCGCCCUCGACGGUAUAAAUGUGGACUUUCAGCCCCCUGUCCCCCAAAACAUUUGGCCUUCCGCCUGGUGUCUGGUGCCGCCAACGUCAUCGGGCCCAAAAUCUGCCUGGAGGACAAGAUGUUAGUGAGCAGUGUGAAAAACAAUGUCGGCCGUGGACUAAACAUAGCUUUGGUCAAUGGGGUGACAGGAGAGCUCUUGACCACAAAGAACUUUGAUAUGUGGGCAGGAGAUGUUUCUGACCUGUUGAAGUUUCUCCGGCCGCUCCAUGAAGGAACACUCGUGUUCGUGGCUUCCUUUGAUGAUCCAGCUACAAAGUUGAACGAUGAGUCUCGGCGACUGUUUGAGGAGCUCGGGAGCACGGCAGUGAAGGAGCUGGCCUUUAGAGACAGCUGGGUAUUUGUAGGAGCCAAGGGCAUCGAGAAUAAGAGUCCUUUUGAGCAGCGCAUGAAGAACAGUAAGAGCAGCAACAAGUAUGAAGGUUGGCCCGAGUCUCUGGAGAUGGACGGCUGUAUUCCUCUGCGGGCACCCCUGGAAGGAUGAUCGUGCCUGAUUCUCUCUCACAUACAGUACAGAAACACCUGGAGCCACAGCAGUGGAUUCAAAUGACUGUUAGAAAGCCAGGGAACUGCAGAAUGACUAAAACUAUCCAAGAUCCAGGCCACAAACAACAUUUUAUUAUCCCUCUCGUGGCAGAGACAUGAGCUGACUGCGAGGAUUGUCCUGGGACUUGAUAUAUUUUUUUUUUUAAAUGCUGGAACCUGUUUUAGAGGAUUUGCGUGUUGAACUUUGUGAGCCGCCUUUGAGCUGAAGUAAUGUUUUAGAAACAAGAAAAAUGUUUGUGUUGGGUGAAGGGAAACUCGAGAGGACAAAUGUUUGAUGACCAAAGUGUACAGCGACUAGUGAAUGAACACAGCUGGUGUAGGUCUUCCAGAGCCAUUGUAGGAAAAAGAACAUAUUUGUGUAAGCCUUCCUGUAGGGUGUCAGUAUUCUUGAAACGGAGGAAUAUGAAGCAUUAAAUACCUGCGCAACUUGAUGUUCUGCAGGCUAAAGACACACCUAACAGGGUUCACACUAAGGCGAUGGGAAACCUGAGCCACAUCAGCAUAGGAAAAAUGUGAGGUACAGCGUAGUAUGAAUGUCCUACUGAACACCAGGUCUGUGGGCAGAUUUUAUAUUUAAAUCCACUAAUAUAUUUUCCUCCUGUGAUAUAUAUUUCAGUAAUAUUGUUAAUACUAGUGUUAGCUGUCAUUGUUUCCUUAGAACUUGAUGCACUGCAGUUAUUGCUUGCCAUGUUUACAUUUAGGCAAACUUUACGUUGAUCAUUUUUCUGUGAUAAAACUAUUUAUUUUAACACUUAAUCGGAAAACAUACAGACGGACACGACAGACUCAAUAGUGUUGGUUUAUCAUAACGCCGCCCGUGGUUGUAAUGUUGUCUCAGGCCUGCAAGCAUCUUUCCACUGAGUGCUUUGUUUGAAGUAUUCAGCCUAAAUGUGUGGUUGUGUGUGUCGUUUUUUUUUGUUUUGUUUUUAAAGAUGUUGAGUGUAUCCACCGGGCUCCUUGCAAGCCUAACAUGUAGGAAAUGCACAGAAAAUUAAAUAUUGUUUUACGUAUAUUGUUAGAAUUCAAUUUUAGCUGCUUGGUCCGAAUCUAAAUGUAAAAGAUUUUUCUACAAAGCAUUACACUGUCUUUAUAUUGUGACAAUAAUGCUAAUAAAUAAAAAUGUCUCAACAUUU